AUGAGCGGCAGCGCUGCUGCACCGCGCAAGGGGACGCGGCGAGCAUGUGAUCCUUGCUCUGUCAGGAAAGUGCGUUGCGACGGCAAUCAACCAUGUUCCAGGUGUGAAGCAGCCAGCUGGGAAUGCACCUACUUGAAGACGCAUGGGAAAUCCGGGCCCAAGGGACCUCGCCGGACGACUGAAGCCGCCAUCAGAAGGCUGCAGGAGCGCAGCAAGAGCAGUCACGAUGAGUCGAGGAGCAACAGCGAGGCGAGCUUCGACCUUGGCAGUCCCAGUCCCACUGAGUAUCCGUAUAUCGAACAGCUACCUCCAAUCAGCGACGUUACAGUGGAGCAGCUAGGAUGGCCGGAUGACUUGAGUCCAGUGUUCCCAACAGCGCAGAGCCAUCCCCAGCGGAUAUCGACAUCGUGCAUCUCACAAUACCUCGACGUCUACCAAUCACGCGGGUACGGCAUCUGGCCCGUCGUUGAUGCUGAAGCAUUGACUGCAAGACUUCUUACCAAUCCGGAUGACGUGGAAGCAUACGCCCUGGCAACCGCCAUAUCGGCUGCUGUUGUCAGUCAAUUUUCCAUCGAUGCUGAACCAGGAAGUCCCGUCGAAGGACACUACCGUGUGUCUAGUGCUGUCUUCGAGGCAGAAGCCAAACGUGCGCGCGACGAAGCGGACCAUCUUGAGCACAUCACCGCCUUUUCAAUACUGAGCAGCUUCUUCCUACAUGUCUACUCCGCCAACAUCGGUCGCAUGAAUGUUUCGACCGUGUAUCUUGGGGAGGCAAUCACGAAAGCACACAUUGUUGGCCUGCACAAGACCUCCUCCUACGAGUUCUUGACCGCCGAGCAGGUUCAGACGAACUUGCGAUUGUACUGGCUGCUGUUUAUCACUGAGAGGGCACACUCCAUUCAGCACGAUGUGCCAACAACUCUCAAAAGAGCACCAGACCUACCUCCACUGGAGAACUUGAAUGAUGGCUCGGUCACGCCGGCUUUCAUUCAGCUCUGCCGUCUUUUCAACAUUCUGGACGUCACUCUCACAGCAGACCCUGCUUCGGCACGAAACGCCCUUGCGCUGGCACAGCAGCAACUGAGCAACGACGAGGCACCACUCAGCCUCGAAAAUGAAUUACAACGAGCCGACAUUUCCAUGACACAACAGUGGAUGCGCAUCUUCCUGUGGCAGCAUGCACUCAACGUCACCAAUCUCAGCAGCGUGAACAUUGACAACGAAUUUUCUUUCUCUUUCCCUGCGCAGGUCGCGCAGAACGUUCUCUCGAAUCUCAGCAGUCUGUCGCAGCAAAGCGUGGAGGCUCAUGGGCCUGGCAUGGAGUCGAAGCUCUUCGAUGUCGCCAACUCCUUAGCAGACGUUAUGAUCAUUAUGCCUUCCAUGAAUCACGAAUCGCACUUUGGCAUCGGCCCGCGGGAUCUUAUCCAUUCUCUGUCACAAGUCCUAUCCUCAUUCAGAGGGGGGAACCCCGCCGUUAUUAAUAUCCUUCAAGAAAAGCUGUCGCAAUUGGGCAUGGCGGUGGCGUCGCCACAGAAACUUCUCGAGCUUUCAUCGCCGGAAGAGGAGAAGGAGGAAUGGCACGGCGAGCGAUCCAUGUCUGCACCGUCUAGCUACGGGUCGUCUUAUCCUUCUGGCACGCCAAUAUCGCCAACCUACCCUUUGGACCUGAACAUGGGAAAUCUGAGCAGCCAGUCGCCGACGUUUCCAUCGAGCAUGAGCAUGGACGAGAAUUACUGA